AUGGACGACGGCCCAUCUGGCAGCAGAAUCCACUACAAGGACGUCUUCACGGCCGUCCCGGCUGCUGCCCACCGGCCGCUGCAGGGCGACAAGAUCCUGCUGCCGCCGUCGGCGCUGCAGACGCUGCUCGAUGCCGCCGCCCGAGCCCAGCUGCAGGCCGGCAGCAGCAGCAACAGCAGCGGUGACCUGCCCCAGCCGCUGACCUUUCGCCUGGUCAACACGGCCAACCAGCGCGCCGUCUUUGCAGGCAUCCGCGAGUUCUCGGCCGACGAGGGCCACGUCGUGCUCAGCCCGUAUCUGCGAGCGGCUCUAGGUGUGGAGGACGACGAAGACGGUGGCGAUAACGGGAAUAAGAAUCAUCUUAUCGCUGUCGCUUUUGCACCGCUGCCCAAGGGCACGUUUGUGCACCUGCGCCCGCUCGAAGCCGGCUACAACCCGGCCGACUGGCGCGCCCUGCUGGAACGCCAGCUACGCGAAGCCUUCACCACCCUGACCAGGAAUGCCCUGCUGACGGUGCGUGGCAGCACGGCCGACGAGACGUUCCACCUGCGCAUCGACGGCUUCCAGCCCGCCACGGACGGCAUCUGCGUCGUGGACACCGACCUGGAAGUCGACAUCGAGGCCCUCGACGAGCAGCAGGCUCUCGAGACGGCACGACAGAUCCAGGCCAGGAAAGGAAGCUCCGAAGGCGGCACGCUUGACAUCUUCCGGCUGGUGCAGGGUCGCGUACUGGCCGGCGACUAUGUCGACUAUGAGCUGCCGGCUUGGGACCGCUCCCGACCGCUGCAGAUCUCACUGUCGGACCUGCUUCCGUCCGAGACCGACGAAGAGGCCGGCUAUGCGGUCGACCUGCUGAUCAGCCCACGAUCACCACGCCAGAGAGCACUACCACGCGAGACCGAGCACGUCUGGGCCAACUUUGGCCUGGCCGACGCCACCGGCGCCAAGACGAUCACGAUUGCGCCCUCGGCCGUCGAGCUGGAGGACGCCGAGGCGUUGCUGGUGACCGUCCACGGCUGGAAAGGAGGGACAGCCUCGUCGGCAGCAUCGUAUUCUCUGCGUGCGCGUGUCGUCCUGGAAGAAGAGGCUGUUCGUGAUGAGGAGGAAAGUACCAAAGAGACAGCGCACGACCCGACCGAGGAGCAGUGCCAAAACUGCCGCCAGUGGGUGCCAUCACGCACCAUGGUGCUGCACGAGAGCUUCUGCCGACGCAACAACGCGGCCUGUCAGCAAUGUGGUCACGUGUUUCCAAUUCGCUCAGCCGCCUGGCAGAACCACUGGCACUGCACGACCGAUCAGCACGACGGCGGCCAGGGCGACUCGGCAGCGAGCCAGACGAAGCACGACGCCAUCUUCCACCAGCCACGAGCCUGUCCGGCCGAGACGUGCAGCCAGCAGCCGCUGUUGUCGUCGCUGCCGGUGCUGGCUCGCCACCGCACCACGACCUGUCCAGCGAAGCGGAUUCUGUGUCAGUUCUGCCAUCUCGAGGUGGCCCAAGAGGGCGACGCUGCCGAGUCGGCCGUCGAGGCUGCCACGGCUGCCCUGACCGGCAUGACGCCACACGAGCGUGUCGACGGUGCCCGCACGACCGAGUGCUAUCUCUGCGACGCCAUCGUGCGCAUGCGCGACAUGCGCGCCCACCUGCAGCACCAUGCUCUCGACCGCCAGCGCCGCCCGCCGCCGCCGGUCUGUCGCAACGUCCUCUGCAGCCGCACGCGGUAUGGAGUGGGUGCGAGGGGGGUGGUGCGUGUGGGAGGGCCCGAGAAGGAAAACCCCCUCGGUCUCUGUGCCUCCUGCUUUGCGCCGCUGUACGUCAGCACCCACGAUCCCGAUGGUCGCGUGCUGCACCGCCGUCUCGAGCGUCGCUACCUCGGCCAGCUGCUGACGGGCUGUGGUCACACCUGGUGCUCCAAUGUCUGGUGCAAGACUGGGCGCCAGAAUCGGAUCAUGGCCGCGCUUGCCGGUCCCGGCGCCGGCUCCGCUGCACUCCUCCCCCUCGUCCGACCGCUCGUCGACGAGGCUACCGCCCAGAACGACGACGCUCGCCCGUUGCACCUCUGCGUCGACGAGGCCAGCCAGCAACGACGCGCCGUGGCCGAGAUGCUGGCCGCACAGGGCCGCUACGAUCUGGCCUGGUGCAUGGCGGCGUGCGAGGCCGAGGGCCCCGAUGCGACCAAGGCGUGGUCGUGGCUGUCGAACUGGGCGCCCGAGAAGGGAACUGAGGCGUAG